UCUCUACACCAGACAGAACACAAAAGCCAAAGUUGAACACAAUGGCAAGUUUCAGCCCAACGCUCCUGUACCCUUUGGAUGCUGGAGAGGAAUAUUAUGGAACAUCCAAUGCAAGUGUUUCUUCCAACAACAGCCACAGUAAUGACGACCCAGAAUUUAUAUAUAGGACAGUAACAAUGUAUAUAGUGUGUGUAUCAAUAAUUAUAGUUUGCAUUUGGGGAUGCUUGGGGAAUGGAACUGUCAUCUGGCUGCUUGGAUUCCGUAUUCAGAGGACCCCUUUCACCACGUACAUCCUGAACCUCGCCAUUUCAGACUUUGGUUUACUCGCUGUUGACUUUAUUUUAGAAAUACGCUGGCUUCAAAACCGUAAACAGGAUGAAGGCAUCGUGUUUGAAUUCUUUGAAGAUAUUUUCCAAUCCAUGUACAACACUGGUCAGUUUCUGCUGACGGCCAUCAGCAUCGACAGGUGUGUUUGCAUCCUGUUUCCCUUUUGGUAUCGAUGCCACCGGCCGCGACAUUUGUCUACCAUUUUGUGUGCCUUGAUAUGGAUAUUUUCUUUCAUUUUCCCUGGAAUUCACUUCAUUCUCUUCCUGACUGCUAAGAAGGAACACAAGUAUAUAAGCUGCUACCAGUAUAUUGUGAACGGCUUCAUUUGCCUCCCACUCAUGACUUUCUCCACUUUGAUCCUUUUUAUCAAGUUCUGCUUUAAAACACAACGGAUAAGGCGGAGAAAGCUGAUCACGGUCAUCCUGCUUACACUCCUCUUCUUUCUUUCUUUUUCUUUUCCAUUGAAUGCCUUUUACAUAAGCCAUUAUAUUUUUGACUCUCCAACUUUGCAUCGCAUACAAUAUGGCUACUUGUGCGCCACUCUGAACAGCAGCGUUAACCCUUUGAUCUAUUUCCUGGUUGGGAGACCAAAGAGAGGCAAACCUAGGAGAAGCAUGAAAGUCAUACUUCAGAAUGUUUUCAAAGAGGAAGAAAGUCAUCCAGAUGAAAUGGCACCCUCGGCUGAAACCAAGUUAUGA